GAGGAAUCCAAAGUUUGUUACAUUAACAGAGUUCACAGACUGUUCAGAAGGAGUUUAAGGACUGCACAGAGUCUGAGGAUUGAACAUGCCACCUGCAGCAGCAACCAAUCUAGGCUACGAGCCACCAGAUGGAGGUUGGGGAUGGGCUGUCGUCUUUGCCGCUUUCAUCUCCAUAGGAUUCUCUUAUGCCUUUCCCAAGUCACUCACCAUCUAUUUCAAGGAAAUUCAGGAAUAUUUUUCAGUUUCUUACAGUGAGAUUGCCUGGUUGUCCUCAGUCAUGCUGGCUUCUAUGUAUGCAGGAGGUCCUGUCAGCAGUAUGCUUGUAAACCGAUAUGGCAGCAGACCUGUGGUCAUGGUUGGUGGGCUACUGGUGUGCACUGGUAUGGUGCUCGCUUCUUUAGGAACCACCAUAAUUCAUCUGUAUCUCUGUGUCGGAGUAAUUGGAGGUUUUGGUCUUGCCUUCAACCUGCAGCCAGCCCUGACAAUCAUCGGCACUUACUUUCAGGUCAAAAGGCCACUCGCAAAUGGACUCGCUAUGACAGGAAGUCCAGUUGUUCUUUCCACUCUGGCCCCUCUCAAUCAGUUCCUCUUUGAUUCCUUCGGUUGGAGAGGAAGUUUCCUCGUCCUGGGGUCCAUUGUUCUGAACUGCUGUGUGGCCGGGGCUCUGAUGAGGCCAGUUAAUAAACGAGCAGAAUUCCAGCCCAAUAAUGGCUCACCAACAAGCAGGAGGAAAGGAUCUGUAGAAGCUGCUGCUGUAGAUUUCAGGUCACAGUCAGCUAAUCCUUCAACUAAAGAUGAUACAAACAAGAGCAAAUGUCAAAGCUUUGUUUCAAGAUAUAUAGAUGUCUCUCUUUUCACACAUAGAGGUUUUCUCAUUUAUCUUAUUGGUAAUGUUCUCAUGUUUUUUGGCUUUUUUGCUCCUGUUGUGUUUCUGGCUCCUUAUGCUAAACAUCAAGGGAUUGACGAAUACUCAGCAGCUUUGUUGCUUUCUAUUUUUGCUUUGGUGGACAUGUUUAUCAGACCAAUUACUGGAUUCUUAGGCAAUAGCAAGUGGAUUAGACCAAGAAUACAGUAUUUUUUCAGUUUUGCUGUUUUAUACAAUGGCGUGUGCCACCUACUGUGUCCACUGGCAUCUGGAUAUGGGGGUCUGGUUGUGUAUGCGGUUUUCUUUGGGCUGGCUUUUGGAAUGCUCUCUGCACUACUUUUUGAAGUGCUGAUUGACCUUGUCGGAACUCAUCGGUUUUCCAGCGCAGUUGGACUCGUCACCAUUAUCGAGUGUGGACCAGUGCUUCUUGGACCCCCCAUUUCAGGAGCUCUGGUUGAUAUGUUUGGAGACUACAAAUACAUGUACUAUGCAUGUGGUGUGUUCAUGCUGGUGCCUGGCAUUUAUUUCUUCAUAAUGCAUUACUACAACUACAAGAAGCUGGAUGAGGAGCACAGGCAGAGCAUGGUAGUUGAGAUGAGGAUUUCUGAAGAGGCAGUAGAACUUAAACUUAACCAGAAUGAGAAAACAGACAAUGAAAGAUAAGGUGAAACAUUUUAGUUUAGAAACAUGGCAGUCCAGACUGAUUUCUCUCUUUAGUGAGCCUGUUUGUUUGAAAUUAAAAACUAAAUGUAUUACACUCCUAAAACUCUUUGAAUUUACUUUAAAUUCCCAUUUUCUACUGUUCUAUGUGUUAUUUUAUACAGUAGCUUUCAAAAAUAUUCUUACUUACUGAACUUUUUCAAAUUUUUCACAUUAAAACCAUAAACUUAUUUGUAUUUUAUUGUAAUUAUAUGUGAUAAACAAGCACAAAAUAAAGCAUAAUGGUGUUAUGUUGGAAAGACAAGGAUACACAGUUUA